UCCUGCCAAGAUGCACGUACACGUAGUAGCUAGAGAUCGAGCUGCAGCUCCAUCGUUCCCCAUCUGGCCAUCUGCAUAGAGAAGCUAAUUAAAGCUAAGCUGUGCUGUCGAUUUUUUGCUCUCUGUGAUUAUUUAAACGACGAAGAGCUCGAUCGAUCGAUCCGGUCGGCGGCCGGCGAGAUGUCGACGGCGGCGGUGGCGGUUCUGACGGCGGCGGUGCUCCUGCUCGUCGUCGGCGAGGCGUCGUGGCUGCCGCGGUGGCCGCCGACGCCGGCGCCGGGAGUAGCUGGCGGCGUUACGCUGCGCAUUGAGCGUCACCAGGUUGUGGUGGACAACGGGCUGGUUCAGGUGACGGCGUCGAACCCGCAGGGGCAGAUCACGGCCGUCCGUUACUUAGGCGAGCGGAGCAACCUGCUAAACUUCGUCGUCGGCGGCGAGAACACGGGCGGCUACUGGGACGUCGUCUGGAACUACCCUGACUCCGGACACCCAAGAGGCAUGAUCGACAUGCUGGACAGCACAGAGUUCAGAGUGGUGACAUCGACCCCAGACAAGGUAGAGCUCUCCUUCAGGAGCGCCUACGACCCUACCCGCAGAGACAGCGUCCGCCUCGCCGUCGACAAGCGCCUCGUCCUCCUCCGCGGCGUCUCCGGCUUCUACCCCUACGCCGUCUUCUCCCACUCAGCCGCCCUUCCGCCGCUCAACAUCACGGAGGCGCGCCUCGCCUUCAAGCUCGGCACCUCCCGCUUCCGCUACAUGGCCGUCUCCGACAAGCUCCAGCGCGCCAUGCCGUCGGCCGCCGACCGGGACCCGCCCCGCGGGCGGCCGCUGGCGUACAAGGAGGCCGUGCUCUUGGUGAACCCGGCGGAGCCGGAGUUUAAGGGCGAGGUUGACGAUAAGUACAUGUACUCGCUUGACAACAAGGAUAAUAAGGUGCACGGCUGGAUUUCCGAAGGGACAACUUCGUCUUCUCCGGCUCCGGCGAGUCCGGCGGCGGUGGGGUUCUGGGUGGUGACGCCGAGCAACGAGUUCAAGAGCGGCGGGCCGAUGAAGCGGGAGCUGACGUCGCACGUGGGGCCCACGGCGCUCACCAUGUUCAUGGGCACCCACUACGUCGGCGACGCCAUUGUUGCUAACAUCGGCGAUGGGGAGAACUGGACCAAGGUGCUCGGCCCUGUCUUCGUCUACCUCAACUCCGUCCCGGAGAAAAAGCAGAAGCAGCAGAAGAAGAGCUUUUGGGGAGGAGGAAGAGGAGCUCCUGUGGUAAUGGAUCCCAAGGCGGCGCUGUGGGAGGACGCCAAGGCGCGCGCGGCGGCGGAGGCGGCCAAGUGGCCGUACAACUUCCCCGAGUCGCCCGAGUUCCACAAGGCCGGGGAACGCGCCACCGUCGCCGGCCGCCUCCUCGUCCGAGACAGGUACCUCGUCGCCGCCGGAGCCGGAGAAGACGGCAUGUUCCCGGCCAGGAACGCGUACGUCGGGCUCGCCGCGCCGGGGCAGGCCGGGUCGUGGGCGACGGAGAGCAAAGGGUACCAGUUCUGGACGCGCUCCGCCGCCUCCGGCGGCUUCGCCAUUACCGGCGUCAGAGCCGGCCUCUACAGCCUCUACGCCUGGGUCCCGGGCGUCCACGGCGAGUUCGUGUCUUCUUAUCCGGUCAACGUCACCGGCGCCGGCGAGGUGCUGAAGCUCGGGGACCUGGUGUUCGCGCCGCCGCGGGCCGGGCCGACGGUGUGGGAGAUGGGGAUCCCCGACCGGAGCGCCGCCGAGUUCUUCGUCCCGGACCCCAACCAGAAGCUCGUCAACCGGCUCUUCCUCGGCCCCGCCAUGGCCGCCGAGAAGUUCCGCCAGUACGGCCUCUGGGACCGCUACGCCGAGCUCUACCCCAACGGCGCCGACCCGGUGUUCACCGUCGGGGCCAGCCAUUACUCCAAGGACUGGUUCUUCGCGCACGUCACACGCAAGCUCCCGGUCGUCGUCUCCGGCUCCGGCGGGCAGCAGCAGCAGCAGUACGCGCCGACGACGCGGCAAAUCAAGUUCGCCCUGGCCGCCGUGGCGUCCGACGGGAACUACACGCUCCGGAUCGCGCUCGCGGCGGCGCAGAUGGCGAGGCUAAGAAUCGAGGUCAACCCGCCGCCGCUGGAGUCGGGGAAGACGAGGCGGCCGGCGGCGGUGUUCACGACGCCGGAGUUCGGGGAGGGGAACGCGAUCGCGCGGCACGGGGAUCACGGCACCUGGUGGAGCUUCGAGUUCGGGAUCCAGGGGAGGAUGCUCGUGGAAGGGGAGAAUGUGAUCAGCAUCACCCAGGUCAGGGCGUUUGGGGCGUUCCUCGGCGUCAUGUACGAUUACAUCCGGCUUGAAGCGCCGCCGGCGUCCAGGCGGGACCCCACGGCGGCGGCGGCGGCCAUGAACGGGACCAGCAGCAUAGCUGCCUGAUUGUAGAGAAGCUAGCUGUUGUACACUCGUACUACUAGAUCGUAGCUGAGCUAGGGGACGACAGACAUUGGCGCCUUGGAUCUUCUGAUGGCGCCAAGUUUUGCAGGGGAUUGAAAUUGCUCUCGGAAGUUAGAAAGAAAUUCUGUCAGAAGAUUAAAUUAGAUUUUCUGGCUUCGUCAAAUCAUAAGUCGUGUCUCUGUCUCUUGUAAUUUCGAUCGAAUUUGCUUGGAAUUUCUUCACUUCUUCUGCA